GCGAAUUUUGCUCAGCUGAACGUCAAACUCUGCCUGGGCCACCCUCAGCUCUAUCUCUGCCUAUAUGUACACAUUAUAGCAACAACCAUCACAACCAUUGGCAUAUUGUGUACCCCAAUAGUAAUUGACGAUCACAUGUAUACUGUGGUAAGUGCUAUUAUGAUUGUGGUGAGUAUUAUACAUACACUGUAGUGCUAUACAACAGCUUCAGUGCUUGUAUGGGACGGUCACAUGAUGAUUACAAGUAAUAAUACAAACAUAACGUGGGGGUAAAUGCAUCAGUGUUGGUAAAGAUAGAGCGAGAAUGCAACAAAGUGUCCAUUUUAAGUAACAGUUUCUGUAGCUGUUACAUUACUGCAACAUCCCCUCCAACCUGCAUGAGUUUGU